AUGUCUGAAGUCGACGUUGACCAGGCCCUGUUGGCCCAGUUGAAGGAAAUCCUUUGCAACCCCGAGUCCCAGCUUGCUAACCGGUUCCGGGCGUUGUUCAACUUGAAGAACAUCGGCGCUGAAGGCGGUAACGAUGCCACCACCGCCAUCGACUACAUCGCCGAAGCGUUCAAGGACGACUCUGAGCUUUUGAAGCACGAAGUCGCCUACGUCCUCGGCCAAAUCAAGAACGACUACGCCGCCCCUCAUCUCCAAAACGUCCUCAAGGACGAAUCGCAACAGUGUAUGGUGAGACACGAAGCAGCUGAAGCUUUGGGUGCCAUCGGUCACCAAGGCUCGCUCCCGUUGUUGAAGGAAUACUACGAAAACGACCCUCUCGAAGAGAUCAGACAAACCUGUGAGUUGGCCAUCGAAAGAAUCAACUGGGAAAACCUGGAGAAGGCUAAGACCGAACAAUUGGAACAGCUGGCGUACACCUCGAUCGACCCUGCUCCUCCCAUGGAACUCACUAAGGAACUGAAGGUGCCCAAGUUGCAAGAUAUCUUGAACGACCAACUGAAGCCGUUGUUUGAGCGUUAUCGGGCCAUGUUCAGAUUGCGCGACCUCAACACCGAUGAGGCGGCGCUUGCCUUGGCUACUGGCUUCGACGACUCGCUGGCGUUGUUCAAGCACGAAAUCGCCUACGUCUUCGGGCAAAUGUGCAACCCGGUAACGGUGCCGUCGUUGGUCAAGGUCCUUUCUGACGACACUGAGGCGCCCAUGGUGAGACACGAAGCCGCCGAAGCUCUCGGGUCGAUUGCCACCGACGACGUGUUGCCGAUCUUGCAAAAGUUUGCUCAAGAUAAGGAGCAGGUGGUGAGAGAGUCGGCGAUCGUGGCGUUGGACAUGUACGAAUACGAAAACUCGGGCGAACUCGAGUACGCGGUUAAGGCUUAG